CUUGUAGUGUCCUGAAUUUAAAAGGCCCAGGGACAUUGCAGUUGACUGGGUGGCUGGAAACAUUUACUGGACUGAUCAUUCUAGAAUGCACUGGUUCAGUUACUACACUACUCACUGGACCAGUCUGAGGUACUCUAUCAACGUAGGGCAGCUGAAUGGCCCCAACUGCACCAGACUCUUAACAAAUAUGGCUGGAGAACCCUAUGCUAUUGCUGUAAAUCCUAAAAGAGGGAUGAUGUACUGGACUGUUGUUGGAGAUCACUCCCACAUAGAAGAAGCAGCCAUGGAUGGUACACUGAGAAGGAUUUUAGUACAAAAGAACUUACAGAGACCCACAGGUUUGGCUGUGGAUUAUUUUAGUGAACGAAUAUAUUGGGCUGACUUUGAGCUCUCCAUCAUUGGCAGUGUUCUGUAUGAUGGCUCUAAUUCAAUAGUCUCUGUCAGCAGCAAACAAGGUUUAUUACAUCCACAUAGAAUUGAUAUCUUCGAAGAUUAUAUAUAUGGAGCAGGACCUAAAAAUGGUGUAUUUCGAGUACAAAAAUUUGGCCAUGGUUCAGUAGAGUACUUAGCUUUAAAUAUUGAUAAAACAAAAGGUGUUUUGAUAUCUCAUCGUUAUAAACAACUAGACUUACCCAAUCCAUGCUCGGAUUUAGCAUGUGAAUUCCUCUGCUUGCUGAAUCCUUCUGGGGCCACUUGUGUGUGUCCGGAAGGAAAAUAUUUGAUUAAUGGCACCUGCAAUGAUGACAGCCUGUUAGAUGAUUCAUGUAAGUUAACUUGUGAAAAUGGAGGAAGAUGCAUUUUAAAUGAGAAGGGUGAUUUGAGGUGUCACUGUUGGCCUAGUUAUUCAGGAGAAAGAUGUGAAGUCAACCACUGUAGCAACUACUGCCAGAAUGGAGGAACUUGCAUACCAUCAGUUCUAG